CCUCGCUCCCCAACGUCGAGGGCGCUCUGGCCAAGAAAAGUUCCUGUCCAGUGUGAUUCUCAAUUCCUUGAGUGAUUUUUUUUUCUCCAGGCAACUUUUUGGUGAAGAUAUUAACUUUUUUUUUCUUGGUGGAGGCUGCUCAAGGGAGUGGAGAGGAGGAGAGAGUGAACUGUGCUGGAGAAGAGCGAGCUCUCCUUGUUUUUCCGAAGUCCCACCCAUUAAGCCAUCACUUUUGGAAGAUUAAAGCUGUCUGACAUGGUGACAGCCGAGAGGAGAGGAGGAUUUCUUGCCAGGUGGAGAGUCUCCACCGUCUGUCGGGUGUACCCCUCCUGGAUGCAUGUGUGCGCCCGAAGCGACGUGGGGCGCGUGGUUCUCCGCGUGGAGUCUCACCUGGGACCCCAGUGAAUGGCUCCUAGGGGCUGCGCGGGGCAUCCGCCUCCGCCUCCGCCUUCUCCACAGGCCUGGGUCUGUCCUGGAAAGAUGCUAGCUAUGGGGGCCCUGGCAGGAUUCUGGGUCCUCUGCCUCCUCACUUAUGGUUACCUGUCCUGGGGCCAGGGCUUAGAAGAGGAGGAGGAAGGGGCCUUACUAGCUCAAGCUGGAGAGAGAGUAGAGCCCAGCACAACUUCCACCUCCCAACCCCAUCUCAUUUUCAUCCUAGCGGAUGAUCAGGGAUUUAGAGAUGUGGGUUACCAUGGAUCUGAGAUUAAAACACCCACUCUUGACAAGCUCGCUGCUGAAGGAGUUAAACUGGAGAACUACUAUGUCCAGCCUAUUUGCACACCAUCCAGGAGUCAGUUUAUUACUGGAAAGUAUCAGAUACACACCGGACUUCAACAUUCUAUCAUAAGACCUACCCAACCCAACUGUUUACCUCUGGACAAUGCCACCCUACCUCAGAAACUGAAAGAGGUUGGAUAUUCAACGCAUAUGGUUGGAAAAUGGCACUUGGGUUUUUACAGAAAAGAAUGCAUGCCCACCAAAAGAGGAUUUGACACCUUUUUUGGUUCCCUUUUGGGAAGUGGGGAUUACUAUACACACUACAAAUGUGACAGUCCUGGGAUGUGUGGCUAUGACUUGUAUGAAAACGACAGCGCUGCCUGGGACUCUGACAAUGGCAUAUACUCCACACAGAUGUACACUCAGAGGGUGCAGCAAAUACUAGCUUCCCAUAACCCCACAAAGCCUCUAUUUUUAUAUAUUGCCUACCAAGCUGUUCAUUCACCACUGCAAGCUCCUGGCAGGUACUUUGAACACUACCGAUCCAUUAUCAACAUAAACAGGAGGAGAUAUGCCGCCAUGCUUUCCUGCCUAGAUGAGGCAAUCAACAACGUGACAUUGGCUCUAAAGACAUAUGGUUUCUAUAACAACAGCAUUAUCAUUUACUCUUCAGAUAAUGGUGGCCAGCCUACGGCAGGAGGGAGUAACUGGCCUCUCAGAGGUAGCAAAGGAACAUAUUGGGAAGGAGGGAUCCGGGCUGUUGGCUUUGUGCAUAGCCCACUUCUGAAAAACAAGGGAACAGUGUGUAAGGAACUUGUGCACAUCACUGACUGGUAUCCCACUCUGAUUUCACUGGCUGAAGGACAGAUCGAUGAGGACAUUCAAAUAGAUGGCUAUGACAUCUGGGAGACCAUAAGCGAGGGUCUUCGCUCACCCCGAGUAGAUAUUUUGCAUAACAUUGACCCCAUAUACACCAAGGCAAAAAAUGGCUCCUGGGCAGCAGGCUAUGGGAUCUGGAACACCGCCAUCCAGUCGGCCAUCAGGGUGCAGCACUGGAAAUUGCUUACGGGAAAUCCUGGCUACAGCGACUGGGUCCCCCCUCAGUCUUUCAGCAAUCUGGGGCCGAACCGGUGGCACAAUGAACGGAUUACCUUGUCAACUGGCAAAAGUGUAUGGCUUUUCAACAUCACAGCCGACCCAUAUGAGAGGGUGGACCUAUCUAACAGGUACCCCGGAAUCGUGAAGAAGCUCCUACGGAGGCUCUCACAGUUCAACAAAACGGCAGUACCAGUGAGGUACCCCCCCAAAGACCCCAGAAGUAACCCUCGGCUCAAUGGAGGGGUCUGGGGACCAUGGUAUAAAGAGGAAACCAAGAAAAAUAAGCCAAGCAAAAAUCAGGCUAAGAAAAAGCAAAAGAAAAGCAAAAUAAAGAAGAAACAGCAGAAAGCAGGCUCACGUUCAACUUGCCAUUCAGGUGUUACUUGUGGCUAAGCACAAAUUAUUUCCUGUUUGGUUAGACUUAAAUCAGUUCUUAUUUUUCAACUGUUUCCUAGGUAAGCCAGCAAAAUGUGGCUCAAUAAUAUCGCUGCCAUAAGCAUCAGGCUUGUUUUCAUGCUGUGCCACUCCAGAGACUUCUGCCACCUGGAAACCACACCAAAAACUGCUCUGCUCAGUGCCAAAGGUGCUACUCUUGCAAGCCACACUUAGAACAGAGAUGUUUAUUUCUCUUGCUCCUUUAUAAAACGUGGUCUGUCUUGAGUUCUACUGCUGUGCUUCAGUCAAUUGACCAAACACUGCUUUAAAUUAUAGGAGGAGAAUAAUAACCUACCAUCCACGAGCAUGCUAAUUUGAUGGAAGUUACAGGGUAGCAUGAUUAAAACUACCUUUAAUAAAUUAUAGUUAAAGAUUGUGUCACCUCAAAGGCCUUGAAGAAUAUAUUUUCUUGGUGAAUUUUUGGUAUCUCUGUCAUAUGACACUUGGGUUUUUAAAUUAAUUCUAUUUUAUAUAUAUAUGUUUCUUUGCCUGUGAAAAACAAGCUGUUUUUCUCACAUAUGAACAGCUUGCACCUCGUUUUAUCAUGUAUGAGGGAAUGGCAAAUAAGAAUGUUUGAGCACACUGCCAACAAUGAAUGUAACUAUUUUCUAAACACUUUAAGAGAAGAGCAUGUGAGUAUAAAAGAUCUAAUUUAUUUUUACAGAAAAAUAAUAUUUUGUUUUUGUAAAAAGUUUUGCAAAUGACUUUUAAUUAUUUUUUCUUUCCUGCAUACCAUCACAAGAAUUUUAUUUCAUUUCUUCAAAUUACGAAGCACUGUAAUACUAUACUGUAAUACUAUGUGACUUCAUACACUAUGAAAAACAUCAUUCAUAAAACAUUAUAAUCAUCAUUGUUCAACCAUGAUUUUGAAUGUAGUAAGAUGAAUAUAUUCCUUACAAAUUACUUGGAAAUUCAAUGUUUGUGCAGAGUUGAGACAACUUUAUUGUUUCUAUCAUAAACUAUUUAUGUAUCUUAAUUAUUAAAAUGAUUUAUUUUAUGACACUAGAAAAUUUAGUGUGGAUUUUCUGAUCUAACUUCUAGGUAAAAUUGUAUCAUUCAUCCUAACAAACAAAAAUAUUUACUAAUAGGCAAUUGAAGGAAUGGUUUGCUAACAACCACAGUAAUAUAAUACGAUUUUACAGAGAGAUGCUUCCACUUGCUAUGGCAUGGAGAAAGAUGUUCCUGUAUAUUUAUAUUAGGUUGGUGCAAAAGUGGUUGUGGUUUUUGCCAUUAAAGGUAAUAACCUUACUCUUAUACAAAGUGGACACUGGAGAGACACAGAGAAAUGGAAGAUACGGAUCCUACCUGGAGUAAGUAAGCUUGUUUGGAAAUCCCACAGGCAAAUGUGAUGAAGAGAAUAAAGGAGUAUUAUUAGUAGUAAAGUUUAUCAUGGGUCAUCAAUGAGCAUAGGUUGGUAUGUUUCCUGUAGACGCUAGAGUUUUCCUUGAAGUGUCCUCUCCUAAUGCAGAGGCCUCUAAGCCUCAUAGUAUACACUUGAAAAGUCACAGAUAGCUAGAGUGGUGAUUUUUGAAGUUAUAACUGUGAUAAGAAAAUGUGUGUGGUGGUACGACAGCAUACCAUUAAAUACAUUUAUAUCACAGCUCAAAGGACUGUGAUAUAACACAUUUACAUCACAACUCACAGUUUGUGAAAAUGUAUAAAAUAAUCUGUAAUCUAGUACUGAAAUUAUUAAAUUGGAUAAGAUGAUUUAAAGGAUUUUAAUUUUAAUAUUUUAUUUCUACAAUAUAUGGCUCCAUUUUAUUUUCUAGUGUAAACUUAUAUUUCCUAAAGUUUGUGUUUUGUUGACAUUAUCUUUUAAAUAAGUCUUAAAAAUAAAGGCAUAUUGUUCAUGUU